GGUCACCAAGAAAUGGAAAGACAUCACCAACGUCACCAAGGAAACUAAAGCAGAUUUCUCCACGUGCCAAGACUUUCGUUGGCAAGAAAACCGGUCAGAAUGGGCACACAAACAAUAACAUGGCGCUCGUCCCUGUGCCACCUCUGUCUCGACCUAUGACCCCUAUGGAGCAGAUGGACAUCAUACUUGAGAAAGAGAUGAAAGAAAAUGAAAAUGACGGAGAACCAAGUGAAAGGGACUUAGAACGUUAUUAUUACUACAUAACCAAAGGAAUUGAUUCAUCGAUGUUAGCAGCGCCCCCAACCAGUAUGAUAGGCAAUGUCAGAAGUCAUGUCCCGGAUUCCUUAUUGGAAAAUAGUUCUUUGCACAAAAUGGUAGAGACUCUGGAAAAGGAGAUAUUUAAUGAUUACGAUUUCAGCGCACGAAAAGCAAUUGUUGAUUACAUAUUGAAAGAUCAAGAAGAGAAGGCACGUCUUCACAUCGACUGGAUCCCAAGCGUGUUUCCUCGGAGGAUCACGAGGGCGCCGGUCCCGUGGCAUCAUACAUACGGCAUAAGUAAAGAAUACAAUGAAUUACACCUGUUUACAACCAAUCCUAUGAUGCUGGAGCUACACAACUUAUGGCAUGAAAGCUUCAGCAAUUUACGAUUUGUACGGUUAGCAGAUCUACUUUCGGCUGAGCUACCUCUGCUUCCGGAGGAGUUUGAAGUUCUUGUUAAGCAACAAUGCAAGGAGGCGCAUGAAAUCCUGAAAACUACGUGGAUUCCAACUUGUGCGCAAAUCAUAUCCAACUACCGCCACUUAUGGUUGCACCUACACGGCCUGGAAUCAACGCAGCGUCUUCAGGAAUUCUUUGCAUGCAUAGCCGCCCUCAUGUCCAUCCAGCUUAGAAGCAUGGUGAUUGAAUCGCUGGCAGACUUUCUGGAAUUCUUCAAAAUACACAUGGUGGGAAAUGAUUUUGAAGAUGAGUACCAUGAGCUGCAGUACGUGAUGCCUCAAAUCAUGAUAAUCAAGCUAAAAGUGGAAGAGCCUAAGAUAGUCUUUGAUCCACCAUUCAGACACUGCAGAGACAUAAUCCUAAGGUGCUUCUCGGAAAUCAUCCAAUCAGCUGACGGCUUACAGAGGGUGGAGUGUGACAUUUUCCCAGAGCUGAAAUCACACCGUUUACUGCUAAGAACAGUGAAGUUGGAAGAGCAACUAGUAACCGAUUUCAUUGACAAAGCCAUGGAGAUCUUCAAACUGAAUGCAGUUGGUCCGUCGCGAUACCUCAACACGUACAAGAAGUACCACGACCUCUUGAACAACAAGGCAGAGGCUGACGUGACAUCAUUCCUGAAGGAACGGCAUUCCCUUCAAGGAUUCAUGGCGAAGAUUAACAGCUACUUGCAACUGAAGGAAGAGAUCUCGUCGCUUCACAUCACGGUUCCUCUGAGCAUGUUCUGCUUGGACUGCAGGAUGCUGAACAUGGAGCUAUGCAAUAGAGCGCAAAAGCUUAAGGAGCGUUUAGUGCAGUUUGAAGUUGAUGAAAACAGAAAGUUAAAUAAAAGUAUCUGUAAACGUUAUGAUGAGAUCACAGAGCGUGUGAGCGAGAUGCCAGAAACCACGUCAGGUGUGGUAGAGCUCGGAGAAUAUCUGCGCACUGCUAGUGAGGUCACAGUUCAUAAGUUGUCGGAUGAGAUUGAUGAGGCAGCUAGUCGUUUGAUGUUCCUCUUGGAUUACGCCACUCUUCCAUAUGAGGACAUAAAGCUGAAUAGUACGGUGUUUCAUUGGCCGGACCACAUCCAGACCGUGUUUGAGCUGUGCCGUAACCGCCUAAUGAGCCGGCGAGAGCAUGCUGAGGAAGAGGUCCGUAAGAAAGUUCAACGAUUUGAUGAAAAGCUGCAGGAGUAUAACCGUGACGUGGAUCUCUUUAGAAAGAAAGAGCCCCGAGGCAAGAUGUUGAGUAUGGAUGAGAUGAAAGCAAAUGUCGACAAACUGACUGAGCUCCAGAAGCUGAUGGAAGAUGCCAGGGAUGAACUGGAGGGCCUGAACAAAGAGGAAGAACUGCUAGAGUGGGAGCCGACUAGAUUUCCCAUCCUUGCUGGCAUGUUUGCUGCCAAAGCUCCUUACGACAGCCUUUGGAACACUGCCCUCGAUUUUCAUACACAGUAUGAGACAUGGCUGAAUGGUCCGUUCCAAGAGUUGAAUGCAGAGCAUGUGACGGAGACCGUGGACAAUAUGUACAGGACCAUGUAUAAGUUGGCCAAGUCCUUUAAUGACCAGCCAGGCCCUCAGAGAAUUGCAAAUAACGUCAAAGGCAAGAUAGAUAAGUUCAAGCAACACUUGCCCAUCCUGUCUGUAGUCUGCAAUCCAGGUAUUAGGGAUCGCCAUUGGGAAAGGAUGAGUGACGUCGUUGGAUUUGAGUUGAAGCCAGAUGCGGACACAUCGUUCUACCACAUGCUGGAAUUGGGUCUUGGAAAAUUCAUGGAAAAACUUGAAGAGGUAGGCGCUGCAGCCAGCAAAGAAUAUUCGCUGGAGAAAGCCAUGGAGAAGAUGAAAGGGGAGUGGGCUGAUGUCUACUUUGAAUUAAUACCCUACAGAGACACGGGAGUUUCCAUUCUGUCCAGCAUUGAUGAGAUUCAGGUAGUGUUGGAUGAUCAUGUGGUGAAGACUCAAACCAUGCGAGGUUCUCCAUACAUCAAACCCUUUGAACAGGAAAUCAAGGAGUGGGAAGAGAAGCUUGUUACAAUGCAGGACAUUCUGGAUUCAUGGCUUAAGUGUCAAGCAACUUGGCUCUACCUGGAACCAAUCUUCAGCUCAGAAGACAUCAUGGCACAGAUGCCAGAAGAAGGCAGGAAGUUUGGGAUUGUUGACAGCUACUGGAAGGAUAUCAUGACAGAAGCGGUGAAAGACACCAAGGCGCUGGUUUGUACAGCACAACCAAACAUGCUUGGCCGACUACUUGAAUCAAACCAACUCUUGGAGGAAAUCCAGAAAGGAUUGAAUGACUAUUUGGAGAAGAAGAGACUCUACUUCCCAAGGUUUUUCUUCUUGUCCAAUGAUGAACUGCUUGAAAUCUUGUCAGAGACUAAAGAUCCCCUUCGUGUGCAACCACAUCUGAAGAAAUGCUUUGAAGGAAUAGCCAAGCUGGAGUUCACGGACCAACAGGAGAUUGUUGGCAUGAUCAGUGCAGAGAAGGAGACCGUGCCAUUGUCAUCCAAAAUCUACCCUGCUAAAGCAAGGGGAAUGGUGGAGAAAUGGCUAGCCCAGGUUGAAGACAUUAUGAUUGCCAGUGUUCGCAAGGUUAUUCAGGAUGGUACUGUGGCCUAUGCUACCAUCCCACGCAACAAGUGGGUACUGGAGUGGCCUGGACAGGUUGUCUUGUGCUGCACACAGAUCUACUGGACACAGGAAGUGGCUGAGGCUAUCAAUGAGAAGGGUGGACUCAAGAAAUACCUAGACAAGAGUAAUGAUAACCUGGCAGAUAUAGUUGAUCUGGUACGAGGCAAGUUAGAGAAGGGAGCAAGAGUUACUCUAGGCGCACUAACAGUUAUGGACGUACACGCAAGAGAUGUAGUUGCUCGCUUAGAAGAGCUUGAUGUGUCUUCUGAAGCUGAUUUCAACUGGAUUAGCCAGCUUCGCUACUACUUCACUGGAACAGAGGUCGAUGUACAGAUGAUCACUACACAGAUUCGCUACGGCUAUGAGUACCUUGGAAACAGUGGCCGUCUGGUUAUUACACCUCUAACUGAUAGGUGUUACAGAACUUUGAUGGGUGCCUUGAAGCUGAAUCUUGGAGGUGCACCAGAAGGUCCAGCUGGCACCGGUAAGACAGAGACCAGCAAAGAUCUUGCCAAGGCUGUCGCUAAGCAAUGUGUAGUCUUCAACUGUUCAGAUGGCUUAGAUUACAAGGCCAUGGGUAAAUUCUUCAAGGGUCUGGCACAAGCUGGUGCCUGGGCGUGCUUCGAUGAGUUCAACCGAAUCGAGCUAGAGGUGCUGUCUGUCGUCGCUCAGCAGAUUCAGAGUAUCCAGAAUGCUAUCCAGCAGAACCAGAAGAAGUUCAUGUUUGAAGGGACAGAAUUGACCCUUAACCCCACAUGCACAAUGUUUAUCACUAUGAAUCCCGGCUAUGCUGGUAGAUCUGAUCUCCCUGAUAAUCUAAAGGUCCUUUUCCGAACCGUUGCCAUGAUGGUACCUGACUACGCCAUGAUCGGUGAGAUUGUGCUGUACAGUAUGGGAUUCGUCGAUGCACGUAGUCUUGCUGGCAAGAUCGUCGCCACAUACAGGCUAUGCUCAGAGCAACUGUCCUCGCAGCAUCACUACGAUUAUGGGAUGCGUGCGGUGAAGUCUGUGCUGACCGCAGCUGGAAACUUGAAGCUGGCUCUUCCAGAUGAAGGGGAGAGUAUCCUUCUAUUGAGGGCCAUCAAAGAUGUCAAUUUACCUAAGUUUCUUUCCCAGGAUGUUCCUCUGUUUGAAGGCAUCAUCAGUGAUCUGUUUCCGGGUGUGGUCCUGCCAACACCGGAUUACGUGGUCCUUCUAGAGGCUCUUAACGAUAACAUCGCCAAGAGGAAGCUACAAGCAGUUCCUUGGUUUAUUGAGAAGAUUAUCCAGAUUUAUGAAAUGAUGUUGGUUCGUCAUGGCUUCAUGAUUGUUGGUGAUCCAAUGGGAGGCAAGACAUCAGCGUACAAAGUGCUUGCCGACUCACUCGGGGACCUCCAUACUGCAGGACUCAUGAAUGAGUUUAAGGUUAUUUAUGAGAUCAUCAACCCCAAAGCCAUUACCAUGGGACAGCUAUAUGGAUGUUUUGACCCAGUCUCACAUGAGUGGACAGAUGGUGUACUGGCAAAUACAUUUCGUGAACAGGCUGCCUCACAAACUGAGGACCGCAAGUGGAUUUUAUUUGAUGGUCCAGUAGACGCCGUCUGGAUUGAGAACAUGAACACCGUGUUAGAUGAUAACAAGAAGUUAUGUCUGAUGAGUGGCGAGAUCAUCCAGAUGAACAAUAAGCAGAACCUGAUCUUUGAACCUGCGGACUUGGAGCAAGCCUCGCCAGCCACUGUCAGCAGAUGUGGCAUGAUCUACAUGGAACCUCACCAGCUUGGGUGGCGCCCUCUUAAGACAUCCUACAUGGAGAAUCUACCGCCCUCUAUCACAGAAGAGCACAAGGAAUUAAUCAAUGACUUAUUUGAAUGGUUGAUUGACCCAUGUUGGGAUUUUAUCCGACAUGAGUGCAAAGUAUUUAUUCAGACAACUUCAAUCCACCUUGUGCAUUCAUUAAUGAACCUCUACACAUGCCUAAUGGAUGAAAUUGCAGUGUCUGGACAAGAAGGCCAAACUACAAUGAGCAACCAACAGAUAACACUGUGGUUGCAAGGCCUUUUCCUAUUUUCCCUUGUGUGGACCGUUGGUGGAACUUUAAACGGCGACAGUCAAAAGAAGUUUGAUCAGUUUUUCCGUGUCCUCAUCAGCGGCACCAGUCCAGAACAUCCAAAACCAAAGAGCAUCAAAAUCACUAAGAGUAACUCAUUCCCUGAGAGAGGAACUAUCUAUGAUUAUUUCUUUGAGAAACAAUCUAGUGGAAAGUGGACAGAUUGGAUUGACUACAUUGAUAAAUCUAAAUCAGUAUUACCAAAGGAUGCUAAAGUGAGUGAUUUGAUCAUUCAAACCAAUGACACAGCUAAACAGGUGUUCUUCUUGGAUACUUACCUGGUCCAUGAGAUACCUUUGAUGUUCAUUGGGCCUACAGGUACUGGUAAAUCAGCCAUUACCAACAGCUACCUAGUUGGGUUACCAAAAGAAAAAUAUUUACCAAACAACAUCAAUUUCUCUGCUCGUACUUCAGCCAACCAGACGCAAGAUAUCAUCAUGUCUAAACUUGACAGGAGAAGAAAAGGUGUGUAUGGACCACCAAUGAACAAGAAGUGCAUCUUGUUUGUAGAUGAUCUCAACAUGCCAGCCAAGGAGAUCUAUGGUGCCCAACCCCCGAUUGAACUCCUAAGGCAGUGGGUCGACCACAAGCAUUGGUAUGACAAGAAAGAUACCUCUAAGCUUGAGCUGAUUGACACAAUCAUAGUAGCAGCAAUGGGACCUCCAGGCGGUGGCCGUAAUGACAUCACAGGCCGGUUUACUCGUCACUUCAAUAUCAUAUCCAUCGAUUCCUUCGAUGAUUCCACCAUGACUCGCAUCUUCACAUCUAUCACAGACUGGCAUUUUGCCAAAGGGUAUGACGGCGCUUUCUUGCGUUUAGGAAAGAUUAUGGUACAAGCAACGAUGGGUGUGUACAAAGCUGCAAUAACCAACUUUCUGCCAACACCAUCAAAAUCCCAUUACGUGUUCAACUUGCGUGAUUUUGCACGCGUCAUCCGUGGUGUAUUGUUGACACCAAGCACACAUCUUGUUGAGGACGACAAAGAUAAAUUGAUUCGUCUUUGGAUCCAUGAAGUCUACCGUGUUUUCUAUGACCGUCUUAUAGAUGAAAAUGAUAGGCAAACUUUCUUUGGAAUAGUUAAAGAGAUGACCCAGAAUUCCUUCAAACAGAGCAUAGACAAAGUCCUCAGUCACCUAUCCCCAAGCGGCAAGCUCAUCGACGACAACAUCCGCUCAUUGUUUUUCUGUGAUUUCAUCAACCCUGACUCAGAUACGAAGGCAUAUGAUGAGGUGGCGGACCUGAAGCAGCUCACAAACGUGAUGGAAGGUUACUUAGCUGAGUAUAAUCAGAUCAGCAAGGCAACGAUGAGUCUUGUGAUGUUUAAGUUUGCAAUUGAGCACAUAUCGCGAGUAAGCCGUGUACUAAAGCAGGACAAUGGACAUGCAUUGCUCAUUGGAAUUGGUGGAAGUGGUCGUCAGAGCGCCACAAAACUGGCCACAUUUAUGGCUGACUACGAACUCUUUCAGAUUGAAAUUACAAAGAAUUACACCAAAAAUGAAUGGAGAGAUGAUUUGAAGAAGCUGCUUUUGAAAGCCGGUGCAGAAGGGAAACAAACUGUGUUCUUAUUCGGUGACAACCAGAUAAAAGAUGAGUCGUUCGUUGAGGACAUCAACAUGAUAUUAAACACUGGAGAUGUUCCUAAUCUGUACCCAGCUGAUGAGAAAGCAGAAAUUAUUGAAAAGAUGCAACAGGCUGCUAGGGUGGAGGGUAGAAAGAUAGAGGCUACACCUUUGUCAAUGUACAAUUACUUUAUUGAACGUGUCCGUCGUAAUCUCCAUGUGGUCCUAGCAAUGAGUCCUAUUGGGGAUGCCUUCAGGAACCGACUAAGAAUGUUCCCAUCGCUCAUUAAUUGCUGUACCAUUGAUUGGUUUCAGGCAUGGCCUCCAGAUGCAUUGCAGAUGGUUGCCAACAGGUUCCUUGAAGAUAUGGAUCUGGAAGAUGACAUUCGGAAGCAGUGUGUCUGGAUGUGUCAGCACUUCCAUGAGAGUGUCAGGCUAAUGUCUGAGACAUUCUUAGACACACUUCGUCGUCAUAACUAUGUCACGCCGACAUCAUACUUGGAAUUGAUAAUGACCUUCAAGAAGCUCCUGCACAUCAAGAGAACAGAGAUCAUGAAUUUGAAGAACCGUUACCUGAUCGGUCUGGAGAAACUGGAUUUUGCUGCCUCCCAAGUUUCUGUCAUGCAACAGGAACUCACAGACCUCCAACCAGAGCUGAUCAAGACAUCUGAAGAAACUGAGAAAUUGAUGAUAAAAAUUGAACAAGACACUGUGGAAGUAGAAGCCAAGAAAGAGCUUGUUGGUGCAGAUGAAGCAGUAGCCAAUGAGGCAGCUGCAGCAUCCAAGGCCAUCAAAGACGAGUGUGAAGGUGAUCUUGCGAAGGCACUGCCUGCUUUAGAGGCCUCCAUCCAAGCCCUGAACACCUUGAAACCUAGUGAUAUUACCAUGGUCAAAUCUAUGAAAAACCCACCAUAUGGUGUGAAACUCGUUAUGGAAUCAAUCUGCAUAAUGAAGGGAAUCAAACCGGAAAGAAAACCAGAUCCAUCCGGUAGUGGCAAGAUGAUAGAGGACUACUGGGGACCAUCUCAAAAAGUUCUUAGUGACAUGAAAUUCUUGGAAUCUCUAAAGCUUUACAACAAAGAUGCAAUUCCACCGGCAAUUAUCAAAAAGAUUCGCACCACAUACAUUCCGAAUCCAGACUUUGAUCCAGCUGUGAUUAAGAACAUCUCGGCCGCCUGUGAAGGGCUGUGUAAGUGGGUUCGAGCCAUGGAUAUAUACGACAAUGUUGCAAAGAUCGUUGGUCCCAAACAAGAGAAGUUAAAGUUGGCCGAGGCUGAACUUGCGGUUCAAAUGGAAAAGUUGAACGCUAAACGAGCCGAACUGAAGGAAAUCACAGACAAAUUACAAGCGCUCAACGACGAGUUUGAAGUGAUGAUUCAGAAAAAGAAGGACUUGGAGUUCAACAUUGAACUGUGUUCGCAGAAGCUGGUCCGUGCGGAGAAACUCAUCGGCGGUCUAGGCGGUGAGAAGGAUCGCUGGAGCGAAGCUGCUAAGGAACUCGGAGAGAAGUAUAUCAACAUUACAGGUGAUGUGUUGAUCUCAUCAGGUGUUAUUGCAUACCUGGGUGCUUUUACAGUGGAUUUCAGACAGAGGGCAACAGAGGAGUGGCUGACUCAAAGUCAAGAGAAGAAGAUUCCCUGCUCAGAUAGCUUCUCCUUAAAUGCAACUCUUGGAGAACCAGUGAAGAUUCGCGACUGGCAGAUUGCUGGUCUACCUGUAGAUUCCUUCUCCAUUGACAAUGGCAUAAUGGUGUCCAACUCUAGGCGAUGGCCUCUGAUGAUUGAUCCACAAGGUCAAGCCAACAAGUGGGUGAAGAAUAUGGAGAGAGCCAAUCAACUUUCAGUUAUUAAGUUGUCGGAUCCAAACUAUGUUCGCACUCUGGAAAAUGCAAUUCAAUUUGGAAAGCCUGUGUUGCUAGAGAACAUAGGGGAGGAGCUGGAUCCACUGUUGGAGCCUAUUCUUCUCAAACAAACCUUCAAAGCACAAGGAGUUGAGUACUUGCGACUUGGUGAAAAUGUGAUUGAAUACUCGCAUGAUUUCAAGUUCUACAUCACAACCAGUCUACGAAAUCCACACUACCUACCUGAGAUAUCCGUCAAAGUUGUUCUUGUAAACUUCAUGAUAACUCCUCUUGGGUUACAAGACCAGCUGCUCGGCAUCGUGGCAGCUAAAGAGAAACCAGAAUUGGAGGAGAAAAAGAACCAGUUAAUCUUAGAAAGUGCCGAAAACAAGCGUCAGUUGAAAGAAAUUGAAGAUAAGAUCCUCAAAGUUCUCUCCAGUUCAGAGGGCAACAUCUUGGAGGAUGAAACAGCUAUCAAGGUUCUAUCGUCUUCUAAAACACUUUCUGAAGAAAUCACAGCUAAACAGGAAAUUGCUUCUGCCACUGAGAAAGAAAUUGAUGAAACCAGGAAUGGUUACAAGCCUGUGGCAGUGCAUUCCUCAACGCUGUUUUUCUGCAUCUCGGAGCUGGCCAACAUCGAACCAAUGUACCAGUACUCGCUGACAUGGUUUAUUAACCUUUACCUCCAGUCGAUACAAAACAGCAAGAAGUCCUCAUCAUUGGAAGACAGGAUCGAUAAUCUGAAUGAUCACUUCACUGACAGUAUUUAUCGUAAUAUCUGCCGGUCGUUGUUUGAGAAAGAUAAACUGCUGUUCUCGGUGGUACUGUGUGUUGGUAUCAUGCAGGGCAGAGGAAAGGUCGAUGACACAGAGUGGCGUUUCUUGCUAACCGGUGGUGUCGCUUUGGACAACCCAUAUCCUAACCCCGCUCCAGAAUGGUUGUCGGAUAAAUCAUGGUCAGAAAUUGUGCGUGCAGAUAAUUUGACCAACCUCAACGGACUACGAGAAGAUUUCCAGAAUAAUGUAACAGAAUGGAAGAAGAUUUAUGAUUCCGCGACACCCAAUGAAGAACGUUAUCCAGGAAAAUGGAAUGAUUUGUCUGGACUAUCACGGAUGAUAGUUUUGCGCUGUCUCAGACCUGACAAGAUUGUACCUGCCAUACAAGACUACGUCAUCGAUAACAUUGGACAGUCUUAUGUAGAGCCGCCAACGUUUGAUUUGGCUGGAAGUUUCGCAGACUCUAAUUGUUGUGCGCCGUUAAUAUUUGUGUUAUCGCCUGGUGCCGAUCCUAUGGCCGGGCUUAUGAAGUUUGCAUCGGAUAAAGGAUACGUCGGGAAUCGCAUCCAGGCAAUUUCUCUUGGACAGGGACAGGGACCGAUUGCCGCAAAGAUGAUAGAAGAUGGAUUGAAAACAGGCAAUUGGGUAAUUCUACAGAAUUGUCACCUGGCAACUAGCUGGAUGCCAAAGCUAGAGAAGAUCUGUGAGGAGGUCAUUAUUCCUGAAAACACAAAUACAGCAUUCCGACUUUGGCUGACCAGUUAUCCAUCAGAGAGCUUCCCUGUGUCCAUCUUACAAAACGGUGUUAAGAUGACCAAUGAACCACCUAAAGGCUUAAGAGCCAACUUGCUUCGAUCCUACCUGAAUGAUCCCAUCUCUGACCCUAGUUUCUUCCAAGGCUGCAACAAACCAGAGAAUUGGCAGAAGUUGCUGUUUGGUUUGUGUUUCUUCCAUGCGCUGGUGCAGGAGAGGCGUAAAUUUGGCCCCCUUGGCUGGAACAUUCCAUACGAGUUCAAUGAAUCAGAUCUAAGGAUCAGCAUGACUCAAAUUCAGAUGUUCCUGAAUGAUUAUGAUGUGACUCCUUUUGAUGCCCUGAUGUACCUCACUGGCGAGUGUAAUUAUGGAGGGCGUGUUACUGAUGAUAAGGAUCGACGUCUGUUGAUUGCCCUUCUAAGCAAAUUCUACAGCCAUGAAAUUCUUGACCAGGCAAAGUAUCCGUUUUCGGAUAGUGGGGAAUACUAUGCACCAGAUCAUGGAGAUUACAACAGUUACCUGGAGUACAUUCGCAGCUUGCCAUCCAUUCCUCAUCCAGAAGUCUUCGGACUCCAUGAGAAUGCUGACAUCACAAAAGACAACCAAGAAACACAGCAGUUGUUUGAUAGCAUUCUGUUGACAUUGCCACGUCAGACAGGAGGGGCUGGGAAGUCCCCACAAGAGGUUAUUCAAGAUCUUGCGAGCGACAUUCUCUCUAAGCUGCCAGCAGACUUCAAUAUUGAAGCAGUUAUAGAGAAGUAUCCAGUGAUGUACAAUGAAUCAAUGAACACAGUCUUGCGUCAGGAACUGAUCAGAUUCAACCGGCUGACAUCAGUUGUCCGUGUCAGUCUCCAGAACAUGAAGAAAGCCAUCAAAGGACUUGUGGUGAUGUCUGCUGAGUUGGAGGAUGUCUUUAACAGUAUGCUUGUUGGUAAAGUACCAGCAAUGUGGGCUGCUAAGUCAUACCCUUCCCUUAAGCCUAUGGGAAGCUAUGUCACUGACUUGCUGCAGAGGUUGAAAUUCUUACAAGAUUGGAUUGACAAUGGAACCCCAGAGGUAUUCUGGUUGUCUGGAUUCUAUUUUACACAGUCUUUCUUGACUGGUGUAAGUCAAAACUUUGCAAGAAAGUACACUAUUCCCAUUGAUCAUCUUGGCUUCCAAUUUGAGGUUACAACCCACGAAGAGGAUACGGAACCAAAGAAACCAGAAGAUGGUGCAUUUGUUAAGGGUUUAUUUCUGGAAGGAGCACGUUGGGAUCGUGAACUUCGAUGCCUCAACGAGUCGUAUCCUAAAAUACUUUUCGACACGUUGCCCAUCAUUUGGCUGAAACCAGGUGAAAAGAGUAAAUUCACCGAUCAGGCUGUUUACAAAUGUCCAAUUUAUAAAACCAGUGCUCGCCGUGGAACCCUGUCAACGACUGGUCACUCAACUAACUUUGUCAUGUACUUAGAUUUAAGCUCAAAUAAAUCCGAAGCUUACUGGAUAAACCGUGGAGUAGCUAGUCUUUGCCAACUUGAUGAUUAAUGAUAAAUGGGAAAUGUUUCGAAAUAUCUGAUAUGAUUUUCUGUGAAAUUCUGAUAACAUUGUAAUUAAUUUUGUAUAUAAAAAGGAUGAAAAAUUGUAUCAAAGAGUAUAGAAUCUCAAGAAGUCCAACUGCCUUGAUUUUGCAUGAAAAAAUAAAGUACUACUACAAGAUAGUGCGCGCCGUGUUAGAAUUUGAGUAGAGGUUGAAAAAACUCAAACAUGCAUUCUAAAGACACAGCACUCGUUUCGAUACAAACGCUUUUUAUGUUCUUUUGAAGGAUACUCUGUAGUUUGUGGUAGUAUUUUCCAGAUUGUGUUUCAGUAAAACACCGAGAGUCAGACCUCUUGCAGUUUUAUAUUCUUUGGUUGUAUGCAAUGCCGCAGGUUGCUGUGAAUAUCAGUAUUCAAUAUCAUAGCAGUGUCACCUCAUAGCGCAAACUAUGUACAGUGUUAAAUACCUAUUCUGUUUGAAUUGCAUUAUUAUUCAUAAUAUUUUCAUACUUCCCAGUGCAACAUGAAAGUAUUUCUAAACAUUCUAGAUAAGGAAAAAAUGUAUUUACUAUUCUAUACAUUGUGUUGUAUUUGAUUUUCAAGCAACUUGUUUAAAUUUAAUAUAUUUCAAUACUACAUGUUUCUGAUAUUGUUAAUUGGAAGAGUGUGUAUAGUUUGAGACAUAAAAUCCCAACUUUCAUUGAAACCAAAGAUCUACUAAUAAUAUAGUUGCCCAAUUGAUUCAUGUUACAUUUCCUCCAUUCCAUUUUCAUUUUGAAGCUUUUCCAAAAAUUUGGACUUUUCGAAGGCAAAAAGAAAACUUAAGCAUUGAUUUAUAAUUAUAUUGGCGUUGCUGUAGAGUUUUUAACUCAUGGGUAUUUUCUAAACUACUAAAUAAAUAUAUUAGUUUGUAUGAAUUAAUUAUUAUAUAUAAUAUAUAUAUUUAUCAAUUUUCGAUAUAAGUAAUAUUUGCUGAAUAAUAAUAAUACAGGAAUGCUAAUAACUUAAAUAUUAAAACACCUUGAUCUUAAACCAUUCCAUUUUUAUCCGUCCAGGUACAUAUCUAUUCAUUGUAUAAUAUAUAUUAAAUUUGCUGUUCCUUUGGAAUAUGUUAAAAGAUUUGAGGUAAUAAAAUAUUAACCUGUAUAUUUGAAGUGAUUGUAUGUAUGUUUGUGUUCGAAUAAUAAACCGCCAAACACAGCUUA